ACGCACGUCGCACACGGCACGCACCGCGGGGACGCGACGACGCGACGCGACGAGCACCAGCACGCCGAGCACCCCGUGGUCGCGGACGGUGGAGUGUAGGCUGGGGUGGAUGGAGCCAGGGGGCGCCUCCCGCGUUGAGAUCACAGCACUCGGAGGGGUGCCAGGUGCAGCACACUGCAAUCUGUGAUCGCAUGACGGAUCGGACGGACCGCUGCUCCUCGGCCCGCCACGCCCGCACCUAGCGUCCUACACUGUGGGGCUCUACACUGUAGGACCCUACCCGCAGCCACUGCAGCCACUGCAGCCACGCAGCAGCUCGACACCCUCGACGUCGACGCGCCGCUGCGUCGCCAUGUGCGCCGCACCGCAGUGCCCCAGCGAGGGCUGGGGCGAGCACGCCCCCACGGCCCCACCUGCCCGCGGCCACGGCACCCUGAACGCGGGCUUCGUCAUGGAUACCGUCAAGUUCGAGCCGCACCGCGACGCCGGCCAGAAUGGUGACGCGUGCGAGAGGAACCGGAUUUCGGAGACGAACAAGGAUGAUUACGACCCGUUCAGCGACCGGGAGGUCAGCCACCAAUACUCCAACAUGGGGGCCUUCUUCCACCUGCUCAAGGGCGGGCUGGGCUCGGGCAUCAUGGCCAUGCCCAUGGCCUUCAGACACAGCGGCCUCAUCCUGGGCGUCAUCGGCACGGCCGUCACGGGCUUCGUCUGCACGCACUGCAUGGUCAUCCUGGUGCGCUCGGCGCAGACCCUGUACUUCCGGAUGCGGAUCCCCACGCUGGGCAUGGGCGAGACCGCCGAGUGCGCCUUCCAGUCCGGGCCCAAGCUGCUGCGACCCUACGCCACGGCCGCCAAGAACUUCGUCAAGAUCUCCCUGUUCCUCUGCUACGCACUAUCCAUGUCCGCCUACAUCAUCUUCAUCGCCUCGUCGAUCCACCAGCUGGUGAAGCAGUACGCGGGCCACGACCCGGUCGACACGCGCGUGUACAUCGCGCUGCUGAUGGUGCCGCUGGUGCCCAUGUGCCAGCUGCGGCUGCUCAAGCACCUGGUGCCCUGCUCCUUCAUCGCCAACUCGUGCAUCGUGGCCGGCCUGGGCAUCACGCUCUACUACAUCUUCCACGAGCUGCCGGACCCCGCCACCAGCGGGCGGCGCUACGGCGUGGAGAGCUUCGAGGGCAUGCCCAUCUUCUUCUCCACGGCCCUGUUCGCCAUGGAGGGCAUCGGCUCGGUGAUGCCGAUCGAGAACACGAUGCGAGAGCCGCGCAAGAUGACGGGCUGGACGGGCGUCAUGACGAUGGCCAUGUCGUGCAUCGUGGUGCUGUUCGCCAGCAUCGGCUUCCUCGGCUACCUCUCGUUCGGCGACGCCAUCUCGGCCAACAUCGCCCUCAGCCUGCCCACCGAGGAGUACCCCGCGCAGGCCGUCAAGGUGCUCAUCGGCGUGGCCAUCCUGUUCACCGUGCCCGUGCAGUUCUUCGUGUGCGCGGAGAUCCUGUGGGACUUCGUGUCGCCGCACGUGCGCGAGGACCGGCGGCCCGCCAUGGAGCGCGUGAUGCGCGCCGCGCUCAUCGUGUCGUGCAUGAUCGUGGCCGUGGCCGUGCCCAACCUGGAGCUCGUCAUCAGCCUCAUCGGCGCCAUCUUCUUCUCGGCGCUGGGCAUCUUCACGCCCGCCGUGGUGGAGACGGUCGUGGACUGGGAGACGAGCGACCGCGCCACGCGCUUCGGGCUGGCGGGCAAGAACGGCGCGCUCGUCACCAUCUCCGUCUUCACCGCCGUGUCGGGCGUGUACGCCUCCCUGUACGACGCGCUCAAGUAGGGGUGUCGACGCGUCUCUCUCGCACCUGUAAGGGACGCUCCAUGAGUGCGAGAGAGAGACCUUCGCCGUCGGGGAGGCUCGGCCACACUGCCCUUCCUACAGGAGGUGGGGCUGGUGCCCCUAGCGUCGCCACUGGUGUCGCCACUGGCCGGGAGGGAGGGGUCGGCGUCGACGGCGUGCCCCGAGCACCCCGUCGGUGCGACUUGGCGCGGGGCGCGGCGCCGCCAGGACUGUCUGCAGACGCGCAAACAGACGGCGUCGUGUUGCCGAAAGUGAAAAACAGUGAUAACUACUGUGAUAUUCAGACAGGUUUUACAGCCCCUGCAUCAGUGAGUCUGUGAGUCUGGCGACAAUCUGUCAUGUAAGCCGGGGGAUCAUCCGUGGUCCAAGAAAAGUACGAAGAGGGGCACGGCGUCACGGCGGGCCGCGCGGGCCUGGCCCUGUCUGCGUGUGUGUGUGUGUGUGGUGUGUGUGUGUGAGAGAGAGAGAGAGAGAGAGAGAGAGAGAGAGAGAGAGAGAGAGAGAGAGAGAGAGAGAGAGAGAGAGAGAGAGAGUCAAAUCAAUGAUGAUCUUCCCAUGCAUGGACGUGCCCGUGGGCGCGCACCUUUUGCUGCAAAUCAUUAAAUCGCUACGAAAUUGUUUGUAUAGUUUUUUCACGAAGUAAAGAAUAUUUGAAAUCUCCAGAGA